GUGAGCUGCUGAUAUAACUGAGCGUCUGAGAGUUUCCAGCUCAGCCUCAGUGAGACGCAGCUUCGGAGCCACACCUGACAACUGGACGUCUUCAACACAGACACACACGGACACACACACGGACACACACACACUCACCGGAGGAAACAUGUCUUCCCUCUACCUCCUGCUGCUGCUGCUCCCCCUGGUGGCAGCUCAGACGUUUCACUGGGGUCCCUGCAACACACCCAAAGUUCAGCCCGGCUUCAACCUCCAGCAGUAUCUGGGGAGAUGGUACGAGAUCGAGAAACUUCCUGCUUCAUUUGAAAGAGGAAAGUGCAUCGAAGCGAACUACUCUCUGAGGAAAGACGGAACCAUCCGGGUGCUCAACUCUCAGUUCGAUCAGGGCAAGAGGAGGACGGGCGAAGGGACGGCGGUGGUUCGAGACCUGACAGAAGCAGCCAAACUGGGAGUCAGCUUCUCGUACUUCACUCCCUACAGCCCGUACUGGGUUCUGUCCACUGACUACACCAGUUUCACCAUUGUGUACUCGUGCAACGACUUCUUCCGCCUGUUCCACGUGGACUUCGCCUGGAUCCUCAGCCGGUCGCGCUUCCCGCCUCGGGAGACGGUGCAGCACGCCAAAGACCUGAUGACCAGCGAGGGAAUCGACCUGACCAGGAUGAAGGCCACAGAUCAGACUGGCUGCAAAGACGAGUGAUGGAGACAUCGAAUGAAAGUGAUCUGCAGUGUGUAUAUGUUUUAAAUAUAUUUUUUAUAUUUUAAUUCUGUAUUAGCUGCUCGGGACUUUAGAGAUGAAACUAAUAAACUCACAUUAACUCCUCUGCCUGUUUCUCAUGGUUUAGUCUACGUGGUGAUGUUAACACACUCAAAUAGGAAUAUAUUGUUUUUCUUACUGCAGAAGUGAAUCUUACAUCAUUUACAAGAAUGUUUUCUUUAUUGAAUCAAACAAUGAAAUAAGCUUUUUCUUUAAAAAAUAAGCUUUGGGAAGGUUCUCUGUAUAAUAAAGAUUUAUUCAUUCAACUGUU